GUGCUUGUUGAUGGUCCAUGUAGUGGUGUUCCACGCCAAGCAUUAAGAAUCAAUCAAUUACAUUUAACUAAGUUCAACAUCAAAUUCCCAUACCUUGGUUCCACACGUGUUGUUCGAAAAGCAUGGACAGAUGCUAAAGUUGAUGAAAAAUGGGCAGAGAGCAUGUGGGCUAGAAAGCUCGCAGCUAAACAAGCGAGAGCAAAUAUGGGAGAUUUUGACCGCUUCAAAUUGAGAAAAGCACGUCAAAGAAGAAAUCGUCUACGCACUGUUGCUUUCAACUGCUUAAGAAAGACUGCAGCACGUAAUGGAUCAUUAUUUGGUAAAGGCACAGCCACCAAAGGUGGAGACAAACCGAAGCCUAAAAAAGUUGUAAAAAAAUAAGUUUGUCUUAAGUUCUUGAAUAAAAUAUAUUUAAAAUA